UAUCGUCAUAACACACCUCACGCUCGACACGGCCCCUGCUUCCAACGAAGUCAGCCCCAGUUGAGAACCUAUCGCCUGACAGACGAUAAUUAACUUUCUUCGGAUCAUCAAAAAUGCCACCAAAAAAAGGAGUCAAGGUCGUCAAGGAGGAGGCCAACGUAUCCCUCGGACCUCAAGUCCGUGAAGGAGAACUCGUCUUCGGCGUUGCUCACAUCUUCGCGUCUUUCAACGACACCUUCGUCCAUGUUACCGAUCUUUCUGGUCGAGAAACUGUCUCUCGUGUGACUGGUGGAAUGAAGGUCAAGGCCGAUCGUGACGAAAGCUCCCCUUACGCUGCCAUGUUGGCUGCACAGGACGUCGCCGCUCGUUGCAAAGAAGUCGGUAUCACUGCCCUCCACAUCAAACUCAGGGCCACUGGUGGUACUCACACCAAGACCCCCGGCCCCGGUGGUCAAGCUGCUCUCAGGGCUUUGGCUCGUGCUGGCAUGAGGAUUGGACGUAUCGAGGAUGUCACUCCUGUGCCUACCGAUUGUACCCGCAGAAAAGGUGGUCGUCGUGGUCGUCGUCUGUAAAGCUACUUCGUGUUUGGCUAUACUUCCUCAUCCGACUACCCAGCUUGUGUGCAUUGUCCUUGUUGCCACGUAAUUCAUCAUGUCGUCCUCACAUGCAUGCUUGAUAUCCAAACCCUCUCUGCUUUGCA